AUGAGAUGGUUAUCCAAUGCCUCAUUCGCAGCCACUGCGCUGCUUGUUAGUUCUGUCUCAGCCCAGACAUGGAGUUCAUGCAAUCCCUUACAUAGCAACAGCUGCCCAAACAACGAUGCGCUAGGCAUGAGUAUCGACAUCGACUUCAACAAAGGCGAAGUCAACUCCUUCGCAGCCUCCGGUUCUCCCAAGUACGACGAUGAGGGCGUCUCCUUCACCGUUGCCCGCGCCAACGAUGCGCCUCAACUCGCUUCCCUCUUCUACAUCAUGUUCGGUCGAGUCGAGAUCACAAUGAAGGCUGCUCCUGGCGCUGGUAUCGUCUCUUCCCUCGUUCUCCAGUCCGAUGUGCUUGACGAGAUCGACAUUGAGUGGCUUGGCUCCGAUAACGACGAGAUUCAGUCCAACUACUUUGGAAAGGGCCAAACCACUUCGUACAACCGCGGCGAGUUCCACAAAGUCACCAACACACAGGGUGAAUGGAACACUUAUACUAUCGACUGGAACAAGGAUCGCAUUGUCUGGAUGGUUGGCGGCACCGUCGUCCGCACCCUCAACGCUGGAGACGCAGCCGACAACCAAUACCCCCAGACUCCAAUGCAGGUCAAGUUCGGCUCUUGGGCCGGUGGUGAUCCCAACACAAACCCUUCUGGUACCGUCAAAUGGGCUCGUGGACCAACAGACUACUCCAAGGGUCCCUUCACCAUGCAUGUCAAGAGCGUUGUCAUCACUGACUAUUCCACUGGUGAUGAGUACAAGUACAAGGAUACAUCUGGCUCAUGGCAAUCCAUUGAGGCUAUUGGUGGAGAGGUCAACGGCAAUGAGAACGGCGAGGCCGUGACUGUUACCGCCACUGCCCAGGGAACUGUUGCUACUCAGGACGCAAAUGUUCCCGUUGGAGGUAUCGGACGGGAUGGAAGUCCCGCCACAGCCACCCAGACCGGAUGGCCUUGGACCGGCUCUCGCCCUUCUGGCGGUGCGAUCCCUGAAGGAUGGCGUCUCAACGCCAAGGGAAAGAUCAUCCCUGCUGAGAACAGCGCCAUGAGCUCCCCUCAGCCCUUCCACAACGUCAUCGCUGUUGUACCCUUCUUCGCCGGCGUUAUGGCUUUUGCCGGCAGGUUCAUGUGA